AUGGCUCCUCAUCGAAGAAGCCGGAUUCCUAGCCGGAGGAGAAGGGGGGAUGAUGGGGAUGAAGACGGCUCACUAAACGAGGAUUUGGAGGAUGAUUCUCUGAGCGAAGGAACUAUUUCAGCACACGAGGAUGUCGAUGCCGAUGAAGAAGAGAGCGAUCUGAGUGAAAAGGAUGCAACAGCUAGGCCAAAGGAAAUACCAGCAACAAAUGGCCGGGCGCGAGUUACAGGUCGCUCUGAAGGCGAUGAGGCUCAACUGAGAGGCAAAUCGACAACUGCCGUCGGACGACUCUUUGGGGCAACAGUAUCGGAUACCGAGAUUAUGCUGAACGGGCUGAAGUUGUCUGAGGGACCGGAAGGCAUCGAGGAAAUCCACUUUGAUGACACGAAGGAAGAGCUAGAUAAUUCUGUCGCCACCCCAAAAUCCGCGAACAACAAGGGAUCGAGGGGGGGGACGCUUGCAGAGAGGAGGCGGCGUGAGCAUGAGGAAUACAUCAAGGAACGGGAGUCGAAUCCAGCUUUCGUGCCUACUCGGGGUGGGUUCUUCCUUCAUGACAAGCGGAAUACUGAUUCCCCGCCAAAUGGCUAUCGGCCACCAUACAAUAACAAUACGAAUAACAAACCGAAGACUCGCCCCCAUGGUCUCAUUGUUGAUAGCAAUGCUGCAAGACGCCCUGCUGCAAAACCGGACGUAACUGCUGAGCAGUGGGCGCAUGAUCUACACGAAACCGUUGUCCAAGACACUCGCUCGGUACCAUCCACUUCCGCGGCCGUUCCCAAUAAAAUUCCUUUCCCACAUCCCCCAAGACCUGUCUCCACAGCUCCUCGAUCAUCUCCUCAAAACCGCUCCUUCUCUAGCAUUAUCCUGGUGGGCAAUGUUCCUGUCAUAGUGUUUCUCCCGGGCAUGAAAGCCCCUAUCCCAUACUCCGCCGUACCUAAAAGACAACACACCUGCCUCCCCAAGCAUCGACCCCCUCUUCGUCGUGAUAAACCUGUUAGAAUAUCUUUACCAGGACAGCCGCCCCGAUACAUAUUCCCCGACCCGGAGCGGUCCUUUAUUUUUAUCCCACGAGCAUUAAGACCAAAUCAACAAUACCGACAACGAGGUCGUGGAGGCUUCUACGGGGGUGGUGGUAGGAGAACGAGUAUUUACGGAGGGAGUAUAUAUACGCCAAGCGUGGCCAUGAGUCGCAGAUCAUCUGUCGGCAGGGGAACUGAUGUCAUCAACUCUCCUGCCGGCUCUGUCAUUUCUCGCCUUGGUGUUAUGCCUGGUGAAGGUGGGAAACCGGUAGUACGGCUACCACCUUCAAUUAGACCUCCUGUUGGGCCAGGUUUUGUUCCACACCAUGGCGUUGCCCCCCAUAUGAAUGCCGCUCACCCUCCACCAUACUCGAUGCCGCCACCCCCUGAAUUCCGUGAAAACCGGCCGACACAUAACAUCCCAAUGCAUCAGCCGCGACCACAGAAGACAGUCUCAGUUGCUGAUAUCGAAUCUCCUGUUUCAUACCCAUUCAACCCAUCUCAACAGCAACAGGAGCAACCUUUCCAUCACCAGGUUCCACAGCCGGUUAAUGGAGCGUUCAUGCCUGAUUCCGCCAUGUAUACUCCCCAUGCGCGACAACCCUCACAUGUCUCUCAGGCGUCUGCAACACCUCUGUCUCAGAUCCCAGAGCGUGCCAUCCACGCUCAACCGUUCCAGCCAUAUCCUUACCAACAACCCCAACCAUAUUAUACCGAGGCUGGCUAUCAACCUGCCCCUGUAUUCUAUCCCGCAACAAACCCAGAGUAUCCAACCUACAACGCUCCCGCUCAGCCCGGCCAUCCUCCAGCUUAUGGGCCCCAACAAAUGCCUUACUCCAUGCCUCCGCACCAACCACCUACUAGUGACCUAGCGCAAACGCAGUCCGGCACCGUUGCGCAUGAGUCAAACGGCACCGUAUAUUACUACGAUACGUCACAAGUGGCAGGCCUCACAUACCCGCAGCAGCAGAACGAAGUGUACUCUGCACCGCCUCAGAGAGCGCCGCAGGGAGGUGUAGUUGGUAUGGGAGGCAUGAUGACACCACCGGGAACGACUUAUUACUACCCUCAACCUCAAAAUGGGACAGUAUAUUAUGCAUGA